GUAGGGUGCUUACACAGCGAGCAAGUAAAGCGGGCUGGUGGUGGCGGGGGAGCAAAGGAAGGAAACGUGAGGAAUGGCUGAAAGCUGACUGUGUUUUUCUACAGGAAACAAAUCAGGAGAGGGAAAACAAUAUAAAAAUGCGACAUGUUAUGUUUUUUAUUUCAAAUUCAUUCUUGAGUGGUCAUUCUAAAGGAAGCACGAAAUAGCCUACGCCUGUUCUGUUUAUUUAAUGGGACAACGAAAACGGAAAAAGCGUAGGUGACGAUUUCUCAUAUGGGGUGCAAGGGUAGCCGACUUUAUUUUCAUGGGACCAGCGAUAGGGUAGUGAUCACGCCACACAAGUAGGAAUAUUAACCCGCAAAGUAGGAGGCUACCUAUACGAAAAACAGACUGCUACACUGUGCCACAUGAAAAGUCGACGAACAGGAAUAGAUUACCAGAAAGGCCUUUGUUGCCCAGUCUGAAGCGAACUUGAAAAUGCGUCCUUUUGCCGUUUGGAUAUUCUUGUGGCUGUGUUUACAACAUGAUGGUGCCGCUGGUCAAGGACAGUCCACUCCGGCAGUUUGUUCGCCCUCAUGCAGCUGCGACGAGGACGGAGGUGCAGAUUGCUCUGGGAAGGGUCUGACCACAGUCCCUGCUGGUCUCAGCGCCUUCACAUACUACCUAGACAUCAGCAUGAACAACAUCACAGAACUACCAGCCUUUGUCUUCAGAAGCCUGCCCUACCUGGAGGAGCUACGGCUGGCAGGAAAUGAUCUCUCCUUCAUCCACCCUGAAGCUCUGUCUGGACUCCACCAGCUUAAAGUCCUCAUGUUACAGAACAACCAGCUGAGGACCGUUCCCAGUGCAGCUCUGAAGAACCUCCACGCCCUCCAGUCUCUGCGUCUGGACGCCAACCACAUCACCGUGGUUCCCGAGGACAGCUUCGAGGGCCUGCAGCAGCUGCGCCACCUCUGGUUGGACGACAACAACCUCACGGAGGUCCCCGUCGACUCUCUGAGGCACCAGGCCAACCUCCAGGCUCUGACCCUCGCCCUCAACCGCAUCCCCGUCAUCCCAGACCACGCCUUCGCCAACCUCAGUAGCCUGGUGGUGCUGCAUCUUCACAACAACAGGAUUGUUGAGAUUGGAGAGAACUGCUUCACUGGGCUGGAGAACCUGGAGACCCUGGAUCUGAACUUCAACAACAUCAAGGUAUUCCCCAAAGCCAUCCAGACCCUGCCCAAGCUAAAAGAACUCGGUUUCCACAGCAACAAUAUAGCUGCCAUACCUGAAGGAGCCUUCCAUAACAACCCUCUUCUCAGAACCAUCCACCUGUACGACAACCCUCUCUCCUCCGUGGGGGCCUCGGCCUUCCAGAACCUCUCAGACCUGCACUCCCUGAUGCUCAGAGGAGCCAGUCAGGUGCAGGAGUUCCCAGUCCUCACAGGAACCAACCACCUGGAGAGCCUCACCCUGACUGGUACGAACAUCGCUGUGGUUCCUGCUGACCUGUGUGAUGACCUGAAGCUCCUCAGAACUCUAGACCUGUCCUACAACCAGAUCGAGGAGCUUCCAUCCCUCCAGGGCUGCGUCCAGCUGCAGGAGAUAAGCCUGCAGCACAACCAUAUCCUGCAGAUCGACAGACACACAUUCCAGGGUCUCUCUGCCCUGCGCUUGUUAGACCUGAGUAGGAACGAGAUCCGAAGCAUCCAUAGGCAUGCCUUCCUCUCCCUCACCUCUCUGACCAACCUGGACCUGAGUUUGAACUCUCUGACCAGCCUGCCCACCGCUGGUCUGACGGGUGUGAACCAGCUCAAACUGACAGGGAACCUGGAGAUGAAGAGCAUUCUGACGGCAAAAAGCCUGCCCAGACUCAGGUCCAUCUCUGUGCCGUACGCCUACCAGUGCUGCGCCUUCGUGGGCUGUGACUCCAUCGUGAGUCCUCCUCCGGAGGCCGCUGCAGGUGGAGAAGUGGUGGAGAGAAUCUCCAUGGUUAUGCACUGCUCUCCCUCACCAGGAGCCUUCAAGCCGUGUGAACAUCUCCUGGGUAGCUGGAUGAUCCGCCUGACAGUCUGGUUCAUCUGCCUGGUUUCCCUGGUCUGCAACAGCCUGGUUCUGGCUGCUACCUUCUCCAGCCAGCGGGCCCUGCCUUCGGGCUCCUCGUCCCCAGCCUCCCUGCCCCCAGCCAGGCUGCUGAUGGGCCUGCUGGCCCUGGCCAACCUGCUGACCGGCAUCUACGUGGGGGUGCUGAGCGUGCUGGACGUAGCCACCUGGGGCUCCUUCUCCCAGUUCGGGGUGUGGUGGGAGACGGGCGUGGGCUGUCGGGUCACGGGAGUCCUGGCGGUCUUCUCCUCGGAGUGGGCUGUCCUGCUGCUGCCUCUGGCAGCGGUGGAGCGCAGCGUGGCGGUCUGGCCACUACUGGGGAAGACGGCGGCGGUGUCAGCCUCACCGCGCAGGAGCAGGGGGGCAGAGAGGCGCAUCAGCCUGGCCGCGGGCCUACUGGGGGUCCUGGCUGCAGCUGCGGCCUGCCUGCCUCUGAUCAGCUCCAGCCAGCCCUCGGCCUCCCCUCUCUGCCUGCCCUUCUCCGGGGGCGAGGGCCCGGCCCUGGGGGUCACGGUGGCCCUGGUGCUGCUCAACGCGCUGGCCUACCUGUUGACAGCGGGCGUGUACACGCGGCUGUAUUGCCGCCUGGGGCGCACGGAGCUGGCCGCCCCCGAGCAGAGCGGGGCACUGCGCCACGUCGCCUGGCUCAUCUUCACCAACUGCAUCUUCUUCUGUCCUGUCGCCGCCUUCUCCUUCGCACCCCUGCUGGCCGCCUCCGGUACCGCAGGAGGUCCUGAGAUCGCCAAGUCUGUCACGCUGAUCUUCUUCCCCCUGCCCGCCUGCCUGAACCCGGUCCUGUACGUGUUCUUUAGCCCCACCUUCAGGGAGGACUGGCAGAGGCUGCGGGGCCGGGCGGGAGUGGCCAGGGGUGUGAAGGCGGGGCCAGGGCAGGGUGGUGGUUGUGGUCAGGGCGUGGGGGGCGGAGACUCUGCCGGCUAUGACUGUGGGGCGUACUCCCAGCUGUGCGGGGAGGCGAGGGGGUGUGAGCAGUGUGAGGCUGCCGCGCUCCACGCCCGGGCCUCAUCCUCCUCUUCCUCAGUCUGCAGACACUUGGUGAAGUCCCACAGCUGCCCCACCCUUCCGGCCGGUGCGGGGCCGUGCCAGCGGGCGGAGGGCUACUGGGCGGACAGCGGCACGCCCUCGGCCCAGUCCGAGUACGCGGACGAGGGGGACUCGUUUGUGUCGGACAGCUCGGACCAGGUGCAGGCCUGUGGACGAGCGUGCUUCUGUCAGAGCAGAGGCCUGCCCCUCGUCCACUACUCGUACAACAUACCUCGCGUGAAAGACUGAUGGCGGAAGAGUGUGUGGAAUGUGUGUGUGAAAGUGUGCGUGUGUACGUGUGCAUGCAUUUCUACCAACCGAUUUUGUUCAACGCCUUAGCGAGUAGAAACACUUUGUGACACAGUAAAACAUUGCAUACAGACUCAGAUCAUUCAGGAAGCACUUCUUUGACAUCACUGUGUGUGCAGAGGCUCAACCAAUCACAUCGGUGUGGGAACAGAGACUCAACCAAUCACAAAAAGGGAAUGUUACCAUGACUCGGAGUGCAUGAAGAUGGAAGACGUUGGGCCAGGACUUGGUCUGCCCUAAAGGAGGUUGAACCAGUUCCUGUAAACCUUUUGUGUGUGUGUGUGUGUUUCUGACAAAAGACAAACAGACAGACUGUCACCCUGUUAUCUAAAGAGGAACUCAUGCCAUCAGUGCCUAUUCCUGGGUCAGAUAUAAAUGUCACCCGAGGUCAAUAGUAUCUGGCUGGGGACUUCCUGUCUCUCCUUGUAGCUUCUACAAGGAUGCAAUAGAUCGAUAUAUAAAGAUAAGCUUUUUUUGUUUUGUUUUUUCAUGAUCGGUCGAUUUUAAAGCCUAGCCAUAAUCUCUGUUAAUAUAGUUUUGUAUGUACAUGUAGCAAAUGUAAUCGUCCUCAUUCUAGUGUUGUUGAUUGUUUUCAGUGUGAAUGUACCACAUCCUUCACGGGAAUACUGCAUGGAAUAGAAUGUCUUCAUUUCAACUUACCCAGUUGACCUUGAAUGUGACCCUGAUUAAAUCUACACUCUUAAACUACACACUUACUAAGCAUGCAUUUUCCUUAUGGUUGCCAGAUACUGACAUAAAUGCAAAAUAGGAGAAUCAGAAAUGUUUCCUUGCUGAAAGUGAUCAGACUUGGAAGCCAUAUUGGAAGAGCAGAUAUAAGAGUUAUAGCUGCAGUAGUUUAUCUAGCUGCCAUUGGUAUAGUUUAUUGUUGUUUGUUGAGACAAAUUAUAAAUGUGGGUAAUGGUGAUUUAAUGCCGGAAAGUUGGCCCUGAAAGUAGAACACAAUGCUUAUCCCAGGCACCCACAGACUGGAGCGCCCCUAGUGGUGAAUGUUAAAUCCUACACACAGGAAAGUUGUUAGACAGAUUGUAUUGUAGUAAUGGUAGAUAAAAUAAAAAGGGGUUUAUUUUUUUACGGUAGACAUGAACCGUGUGGGUGCUUCUCUGAAAGCAAAGCUAUUUUGCCAAAGUUAAUCUACAUUAUACGAAUGUGCGUUCUCAUGACCCUGAAUACGGUUUUAAAGAUAAUAUUUUUCAUAUUUAGUCGUCAGGAGUUUAUGGAUGAGCCUGUGUGGUACAGCAGAGGGGUUUCUGAGGGAGGUGUGGGUGCUGAGAGGGCCUGUAUUCACAAGUGUACUUCAUGUUCAUGCUCACUCAGGAAUGUAGGGAAACCGUGACUCCCCGUCAACUAUUUGCUCACAUGUCCUUAUAAUACAUAAAAUUGACUUGUGAAAUGAUACAGUAGAUUCAUGCCUGUGAGUUUCAUUCAUGUAAUGGUAUGGAGUUGUGACCGGUAUGACUGGGUGUGUAGUUAUAACACCAACCAAAUGUAAUUUUUAUUUCUCAUUUUGUGUCCGUUUUUUGUUUGUGAAAAUUCCAAAUCUCUGUGUUUUGUGUUUGAGUUUGUAAAUUAUUUUUUGAUGCUGUAGAAAACCAAUAAUCACAAAUGGGAUGCGUUGUGUAAUCACGAAAGCUACCUCCUCCUCUGUAAUGGCUACAGGCAGUGCUUUAGACCGUCUGUCCUAGUUCUGUUUGAGAGGUAGGCUUUAAAUACUUCUGGUUGUACAUUGUCACUGAAUUUAUGUCACGCUUUUAGUUAAAUGCAAAUUGUGGGAGGAAUUGAUGUACUGUAUACUGUGAUUUGUUUUCUAAACCAAAAUAUAUAAACUAAAAAGUUGCUUUCAAAUCA